AUGAACGGGACGGAGGGGAUCAAUUUUUACGUGCCUAUGUCCAACAAGACCGGGGUGGUGCGGAGCCCCUUCGAGUACCCGCAGUACUACCUGGCCGAGCCCUGGAAAUACCGCCUCGUGUGCUGCUACAUCUUCUUCCUCAUCUCCACCGGCUUCCCCAUCAACUUCCUCACCCUCCUGGUCACCUUCAAGCACAAGAAGCUUCGGCAGCCCCUCAACUACAUCCUGGUCAACCUGGCGGUGGCUGACCUGUGCAUGGCCUGCUUUGGUUUCACCGUCACCUUCUACACCGCCUGGAACGGCUACUUCGUGUUUGGCCCCAUUGGCUGUGCCGUGGAGGGAUUCUUUGCCACGCUGGGAGGCCAGGUUGCCCUGUGGUCCCUGGUUGUCCUGGCCAUCGAGCGCUACAUUGUCAUCUGCAAGCCCAUGGGCAACUUCCGCUUCUCCGCCAGCCACGCCAUGAUGGGCAUCGCCUUCACCUGGGUCAUGGCCAUUUCCUGCGCCGCCCCGCCGCUCUUCGGCUGGUCCAGGUACAUCCCGGAGGGGAUGCAGUGCUCCUGUGGGCCCGACUACUACACCCACAACCCCGACUUCCACAACGAGUCCUACGUGCUCUACAUGUUCGUCAUCCACUUCAUCAUCCCCGUCGUCAUCAUCUUCUUCUCCUACGGGCGCCUCGUUUGCAAAGUCCGCGAGGCAGCUGCCCAGCAGCAGGAAUCGGCCACGACCCAGAAGGCAGAGAAGGAGGUGACGCGGAUGGUGAUCCUGAUGGUGCUGGGCUUCAUGCUGGCCUGGACGCCCUACGCCGUGGUGGCGUUCUGGAUCUUCACCAACAAGGGCGCCGACUUCACGGCCACACUGAUGGCAGUGCCUGCCUUCUUCUCCAAGAGCUCCUCCCUCUACAACCCCAUCAUCUACGUGCUCAUGAACAAACAGUUCCGUAACUGCAUGAUCACCACAAUCUGCUGCGGCAAGAACCCCUUUGGGGAUGAAGACACCUCCUCCACCGUAUCCCAGAGCAAGACCGAGGUCUCCUCCGUCUCCUCCAGCCAAGUAUCACCUGCAUAG